AUGGCAACAGUCCCUAAAAUCGGUGAUGAGAUGAAUUCCUACAGUAACAAUGAAAAUGACGUAUUACUUGAGGUUAAUGGCCCCAAACACAUGAAGUGCUACUUCCAAGAAUUGGACCUCUGCUCUCCAGGAGAUAGGAUCAUCCAACUUAAGAUCUCCCACAAAUACUCCAGGAAGGAUUUCAAGCAGGUUGUGUCGGUCAUCGUGGCAAUGGAGAGGCUAAAAACCAUCCUGGUUUCCGGGUCACAGCAGCCCUCGGCAACCACCCUCUUAUCCAUCAUCUUUGAAGAAGAAUCCAUCAACUUGUAUGACAUUAUUGAUCAGGAUGCAGCAGUACAGUCUAGGAACUGCAUACUCCGGGACAUAAACCAAAAGUGCCUGGUGCUGUCUGGCCCCUGUGAGCUGAAGGCCCUUCACCUCAAUGGAGAGAAUAUAAAACAACAAGUUGUGUUCUCCAUGAUCUUUGUGCAAGGAGAAAUAAGUCAAGAGAAAAUACCUGUGGCCUUGGCCCUCAGGAGAAAUAAUUUGUACCUGUCCUGUGUGAUGAUUGAUGGGAAACCCACCCUGCAGCUGGAGACACUAGACCCUAAAGUUUACCCAAAAAAGAAGAUGGAAUCCCGAUUUGUCUUCAACAAGCUACAAGUCAAGGACAAGAUGGAAUUUGAAUCAUCUGCAUUCCCCAACUGGUUUAUCAGCACUUCUCAAAUGGAAGAACAGCCUGUCUUCCUGGGAAAUACCAGAGGUGGUCAGGAUAUAACUGACUUCACUGUGGAAGAAACCUCUUCCUAA